AAUAAAACUUUUGCGCAGGUACAGUUUCACACAUUAGGCAUCUCAGUUCAUAUACACAGACACACACAUAUCACGGUCUAGAAAAGCGAUCAUGGCAACGUCGCAAGUUUUUGAUUGCAAAUGGCGUCUUCUGUUAAAAGAUUCUUUCGCAGUGAAAGAUAAAAGUUUUUGUUUUAAAGUGCGUGUAGAUGUAAUAUUAAAAUUUAAAAGAUGGAAAAACAAUUGAGACACAAAGGCAAAUUUAUUAAACAAAGCGUUCUUACCAAGAAGACGAGUUUUCUUGCCCAAAUGACUCGGGGAAAACAACUUUGCGAUGAAUUAAAUAAUGUCAAAGACGUAGACGUAAAUAAAGUGACAGAAAUUUGUCCUGGUCGACGAAUUGUUGAAUUGGACGUCAUAGCAAAAAAUUUAAAGUGUAUAAAGUGCAAGGAAGCAAUUUUCCUGAAUGAUAUUCAAAGUGAAAAGUGUUUUGGACUAAACUCAGUUCUAACCAUCCGCUGUCAAAAAUGUUUGACAGAAACAUCAGUUCCAACUGGAAAAUUCCACAAAACCCUGGAAUCACACUCUCACUCUGACGUGAAUACAAAAGCAGUUUUAGGAGCUGUACAUUCAGGAAUCGGAAACACGGCGCUAAAUAAGGUGCUAGCGUGUUUAAAUAUUCCUUCAAUAUCAACAAACUUGUAUAAAAGAUAUGAAAGGGAAGUUGGGCCUGCACUGGAAAAAAUUGCAAAAGACAGUUGUAAACAAGCCGCUACGGAAGAACGCCAAUUGGUAAUAAACAAUGUCGACCAGCUGUGUGAGGAUCUUCCACUUGAUAUUGCGAAAGAUAUUUAUCCGUUCAAAGAGAUUUUGAAAAACACACCAGAAGAAUUUGACUCGGCUUUGGGAAAUAUUGUCAAUAUCAUAAUAUCAUAUGAUAUGGGAUGGAGUAAACGCGGAAACGGAAGAAGUUAUAAUAGUUUAAAUGGAUACGGUUGUAUAAUAGGAUUUUUAAGCGGGAAAAUACUAGAUUUCGGGACGAGAAAUCGCAAAUGUAAGCUUUGCGCAAUAGGACGACAGAAAGAGGAUCACGAUUGCCGUCAAAAUUUCGACGGGAGUGCCAAGGCGAUGGAAUCUGAUUUGGGAGCUGAGUUAGUAAACAAUAGUUCAAUUUUAAAAGAAACUGGUGUUAAAGUCAGAGUUGUGAUUGGUGACGAGGACAGCUCAACAAUUGCGAACAUUCGUAAAGGGAAUGAGGAAACGAUUUACAAACUCGCUGAUCAAAAUCAUUUACGCAAAAAUGUUGGUAAAGAGUUAUACGCAUUACAAACCGAUUUUAAGGAGUUGAGAAAAAAAGGUGUUAUCCAACACAUUAAAAAGUGCUUUUGUUACGCAGUUGCACAAAACGAAGGAGAUCCUGAUGGAGUGUCAGCAGCGUUACUCGGAAUACCAGAGCAUUUGUUUGGAAAUCACGGAAACUGUGGAAAUUGGUGUAGCAGAAAAUUAAAUAAUGCUACAAAAUCACAGACAGUUUUAUUGACUGAUAAAACUCUCAAGAAAGAAUUGAAACAACUUUUCAAAAAAUAUGCGGAUAGUGCAGAAAAAUUUUCCAUUGCUGCUUCAAGUCAAGCAAAUGAAAGUGUUAAUAAUAUUAUGGCCCAUAAAGCUGCGAAAAAUCAAUGUCAUAGUCUAAGUGAAUCUGCGGAUUAUCGUUUUGCGAGUACUGUAUGCUCCAAAAAUAUUGGAGAAACACAUUUGUUGAAUGUGCAAGAAACAUUAAAUCUUUCUCCUGGUAAGCAUACGAAAGCGUUUGCAGAAAAAAAAGAUAGAAUUCGAUUGGCAAGGAGGAUCAGACAAAAAUUACCAGAAACAAAAGCAAAAAGAAAUUUAUUAAUCAAAGAAAAAGAAAAUCAACGACAACAAAAAGAAAGAAACGAAGGAAUCAAAUAUAAAUCGAAUUGUGGCUUUGACAUUCCAGCGGUUGCUGACAAAAAAGCUAUUCUACAGUCUUUAAAGAGUUUAACAGGAAUUGUUUCUAGAACAAUUAUUCAAAAAAUAGCUAAUGCAGGUCUAGAUUUUGAAAAACUUGAAACAACAUAUAAAAAUGCAGGAAGUGUAGGUUUGGUACAAUUGUUGACUGCAUUGAAUGACCAAAAGAAGGCAUUGGUCACUAAACACAAAAAUAUUCUUGAAAAAAUUACAGAUUUUUUCAAAAAUCAUUGCAAAUGAAAGCCAAUGUUAAUUUUAUUAUGUAAGUUGUUUGCAAAAAUGAAAAACAUUCAAUAAAACUUGAAUACAAAAUUAUAUAAUUUAUUUUUGUUGAAAAUGUU